AUGAGGGCGACGCAGAUUAGCGCCGCCGCCGACCCGAUUCUUACUGAUGACCGCAUGGCAUGCCUUGCCGAUUGGGGAAUGUGUCGUGGGAAAAGGUGGCGGAAGAGGAGGGUGGUGAGUUACUCGCCAAAAGUCGGACGGGGCACUCACGACCGCAUGUGGGAGUGGUCGGAGAAAGAGCGAUCAGAUAGGGGAGAACUAGGGAUGAAUGACGACACGGAGUGUGGGAGAGGGAUCAACAACAACAACAACAACAACAACAAGAAGGAGGAGGAAAAGAUAGGUGAGGCAGACGAAGAAGCAGCAACCGUCCAAAGUAAGCACGAAUUGGCAGGAACACGUCUCGGAUUGGAUGGAGCGUCGGCUGAUACACCACUCGUUCAGUGGGUGGAUCCCCCGGGACUUCCCUACCAUUGCCCUCUGCGAAAGGUCCUUCAGCCCCGUUUUGCUCCCGUAUCGGUUGAAUUAACCGCCCCCCCUAAUCCUUCGUAUUUCCCUAACGGGGGCUGGUUGAGCCCGAAGAAGUCAAAUCCCGCCACCACGCAAAAAUAA